CAUUCACCGAUUCGAAUGGUCUAGGAUCAAGAUCCAUGUUGGCUUCGAUUAAGUGCUUUUGAACGCUUUGUGCGGGAUUAGCAUCGAACCGCUGGGACUGAAACAGCAAGCAGACUAAGAGGGUUUGAGCUCGUCGGGAGGUCGCUCUGGGACACGACGCUGGUGGGAUGUCAUGAGAGCAGUUAGGCGGAUCGGGCUCUUCGCAUCAGGGCCCCUGGAGACGGUAAGCGAAGUCGCGAUCGGGGUUUGCGUAGUAUAUAAAGGGACAGAAUGACAAGUCAAAUAUUGACAGCUCUACAGAAGCGAGCGUCUACUGAGCAAAAGGAACCAGACGUACGUACGACGUGACUCUGGAGAUGGUGGUUGUGGUGUGGUUCAAGUUAGGACACGCCAAAUGACGCAGCCAGCGCAGGUUCAAGACACAGAAUCGCGGCGAUUCACGGCUCAAAAACCACCAAUCUUUUAGCAACAAUUCAACAGUCGUAUUGCUGUCGCUUGUUCUUAUUGCUGGCAUCGUAUUUGGGCGAGCCGAAGUAUAUCCCGGGCAACUAUCGUUUCAUCCUCGACCGAAUACUGCAAACGCCACAACAUCCCCUCGUCCCUGGCCAUCCGCCGGUCCUAUGCAUCAACUGCGGACCGGUCUCCGCAAGUAGACGGAUACUGAACAGGUCUGCCAAAUUAUUGUUGUUGUCCUACCUUGGGUCAGGUGCAGAUUGCGUUACACGGCAGCAAGCGAUCUGAUGCGGAACUGUCUGACCCAACCGUCGCUGCCAUCCACGAACUCGAUCGUUCCUUUCUUUUUUCCCUUUCCCGGGCUUCGGCAACGCCACAAUGGAUUUACUUGCUACAGUCCGCAAGGAAGGCUCGCGGGGUGGCCGCGGCGAGUUCAAAUGGUCCGAUGUGCAGGCUUCCUCCCACCGUGAGCAUUAUCUGGGCCAUUCCCUGAUGGCCCCAGUGGGCCGCUGGGCAAAAGGUCGCGAUCUCAACUGGUACGCUAAAGCCAGUAGCGACGCAGAUGGAGAUGAAGACGCCGCCGCUAAGGCUGCAAGAGAACGCAAGGAAGAGAUCCAACGAGUGAAACAGGCUGAAGAGGAUGCAAUCGCGCGAGCCCUUGGCUUGCCUGUCGCACCCCGGAACAACCCCAACAUGGAAGAAUUAGGCGCCCACCGCGAGGUUGGAAAUGUUUUGAAGGGGGCCACAGAAGAGAGUGAGGCCACAGGCUCGCGGGGUUUGGGCUACGGGCGCAAUACAGGGGUACCAGAAGCCCAAGGGUUGGAACCGGCAGUUGAACGAUUGGAGGGCACUGGGCGCGACCAGGGUAAAGAGCUGCAGUAUGCAUUGAAGGAAUACAAACGACGCCACGGCGGGGAGAAGCGUCGAAGCCGCAGUCGAAGCCGAGAUCGCCAUCGAGAUCACGAUCGCAGGCAUAGGCACAGAGAAGACGGUCACCGAAGGAGUCGUCGCCGGUCACCGUCAACGGAGAGGGAUCGCCAUACACAUAGGCGGUCAAGAUCGCCCUCAAUUGAACGACACCGCCACCGACGGCGAGAGAGAUCAAGGAGCAGAUCUCCUGGGCAUCGGCGCCAUGAUAGAUCGCGCAGUGAGCGUGACAGCGAAAGACGACGCGAGAGACAUUGAAAAGCCAUGACGUUACAUUGCAUCUGGACAUACUACCCAAAGCGUAGACCUAGGGAUGCAUCAAAGACAUCGGUUUCGACAUCUCCUAUCUCAACAUUGGCAAGAUUUGAGGGCCGUCCCGCACUUGGACCCUGCUUCGCAAUAUCGGCCGAUGCGCUGGUUUCUGCAAACUCCUCGAGCUCUUCACUCACAGUCUUCAGCUUCUCCUUGACGCUAGCAACUCCCUCCCACCCGACAAUGUGCCUUGCUGGUGGAUUUUCAUGGCCGCCUAUCGCCGUAAGGGCAUGGACGGUUUCGGCGAGCAACUUCUCCGUGUGGGCAUCACUGAGAGGAGGAUAGAGGCUGACCACUUCAUUGCGGCUUAGCAGAUAGGGCCCGCUCUCCCUUUCAGCCUCGGAAGACGGGGUGUGUAUUUCAUGCCCUGGUGAUUGCGGGUACUGUGCGCGUAUGCCAGGUAGUCGGUUGAGCAGACCAUCCAGAAUCCCACGAAACAUGGGGGCCGUAUGGCCCGAUUCGCGGGCGUAUUCCUUCAUGGGCGGCGCCGAGGUGAUUUUGUUGGUCAGGAUGCCAAUUUCCACGCUGGACUGGACAAUGGUCAGCUUGAUGUUGAAAGGAGCAAUUUCAUACGCCAUGCUGUCGCAUAUGCCUUCCAGCGCCCAGCCCGCGGAACAGUACAUGCUCAACCCGGGAGUUCCCAGAUGGCCGUGGAUGCCUGUGAGCACUAUUAUAUGGCCGUUCAUCUUGGAUCGCAUCUCCGGGAUGACGGCCUUGAUGAUAUUCAGGGGCCCGAAGAAGUUCUUCUCGAAUUGGGCGCGCACAAGUGACAAUGUUUGCUGACUAGUGGAGAGCUCCUCGACCGUGCCCACCACCGCCUCACUUGUACAACACAACAAGAUGUCGAUCUUUUUGAAUGUAUGCACGGCCUCGGCCACUGCUGCUUGACAUUGAUAAACGAUUCUGCAGCUUGCUAAUUAAUCAUGGGGUGCCCUAAGCAGAGCAGCAGGACAGGACAGGACGCAAGAGCGUAGGAAACGACAUAUGUAAUGGCGAUGGAAUGCAUACCUGAUGUCGAGUGGGAUGAUCUUCAUGCGAUCCUUCCACCCAUUCUCCCGUACAACCUCGGACAAGAAUCGUUUGAACUGCUGACUCCGGGGGCUGUCGCUCUCAAAUUCGGAUUGAUUGAUUCCAGACACGACGUAGUCGCCAUGAUCGAGGAUCUGGCGUGACAAUGAAAUGCCGACGGGAGAAUCCCCCGCGGUAAUCAACCACACUCGGGGCGCAUUAUGUGUAGGGAAUUGAGGCGUAGGCGUGGGCACCGACCCUCCUCCACUGGCCAUGGCAGAACCUUAGAAAUGGUCCAUACUCGUGUAAUCAACCGGACAUGCUGUUAACUUUGGUGAGGCGAGCAAUGUUGAUUUGAGGAUGCCAUCAAACAAAUAGAAGCAUCACACUCUCGGCGACGAC